GCUUGCGCAGUUCGUUUGUUAUCCCGGCCCAAGAAGCAAUUGUCACGGGGUUUCUGGGCUUUGAGUUUGGAAAGAAUCUUCGAACAUCCGCGUUUUUAAGUGAAAUCUGGUGAAAAUGACGGCGAUGCCGGGUAGUAUAACGUUCGAUGAGUAUGGGAGGCCCUUCAUUAUCAUCCGGGAUCAGGAUCAGCAGAAAAGAUUGACCGGACUCGAUGCAUUGAAGUCACAUAUUAAUGCUGGCAAACAGAUAGCCAACACGGUGCGCACAUCUUUGGGACCGAAAGGUCUUGACAAGAUGAUGGUGUCAUCUGAUGGCGAAGUCACGGUAACCAAUGAUGGAGCCACGAUUUUGAAGAUGAUGGACGUAGAACACGAGGUGGGCAAACUCCUUGUGCAGUUGUCCCAAUCGCAGGACGAUGAAAUCGGUGAUGGAACCACCGGCGUCGUCGUGUUGGCUGGAGCCUUGUUGGAGCAGGCCGGAACUCUUCUGGACAGGGGCAUCCACCCCAUCAGGAUCGCCGACGGCUUCGAGUUGGCCUGUCAACGUGCCGUCGAGCAUCUGGACAAGAUCGCCGAGCUGUUCCCAGUGUCCGCAGACAACGUGGAACCCUUGAUUAAGGUGGCCAAGACCACUUUGGGCUCGAAGAUCAUUAACAAAUGCCACAGGCAGAUGGCCGAGAUCGCUGUGCAGGCCGUCCUCGCUGUCGCCGAUCUGGAGAACAGAGAUGUCAACUUUGAACUCAUCAAAGUUGAAGGAAAGGUUGGUGGACGUUUGGAAGAUACUCUGUUGGUUAAGGGUGUGGUCAUCGAUAAGACCAUGUCGCAUCCUCAAAUGCCCAAGGAAUUGAAGGAUGUAAAAUUGGCCAUCCUAACCUGCCCGUUUGAGCCACCGAAGCCAAAGACCAAGCAUAAGUUGGAUGUUUCCAGCACCGAAGAUUACAAGGAAUUGAGGAAGUACGAACAGGAGAAGUUCGCUGAGAUGGUGAAGUACGUCAAGGAUGCCGGUACCACGUUGGCCAUCUGCCAAUGGGGCUUCGACGACGAAGCGAACCAUAUGCUGCUGCAGCAACAUUUGCCUGCCAUCAGAUGGGUGGGUGGUCCAGAAAUCGAGCUGAUCGCCAUCGCUACCGGAGGCAGGAUCGUCCCCAGGUUCGAGGAGUUGACGGCCGAGAAAUUGGGCAAAGCCGGUUUGGUCAGGGAACUGUCCUUCGGCACAACCAAAGACAAGAUGUUGGUGAUCGAAGAGUGCUCGAACUCGCGCGCCGUCACCAUCCUGGUGAGGGGCGGCAACGCCAUGUUGGUUGCCGAAGCCAAGAGGAGUCUUCACGACGCCAUCUGCGUGGUGAGGAGUCUGGUGAAAGAACCUCGCGUCGUCUACGGAGGCGGUGCCGCCGAGAUCUCGUGCAGCCUUCACGUCGCCGCACAGGCCGAUCAGUUGGCCUCCUUGGAGCAGUACGCCUUCCGUGGAUUCGCCGAGGCUCUCGAAAGUAUUCCAUUGGCUCUGGCCGAGAACAGCGGUCUCUCCGCUGUCCACGCAUUGGCCGACGUCAAGGCUAAACAGUCCAGCACCAAUGACCCGGCCCUCGGCAUCGACUGCAUGCAGACCGGAAACAUGAACAUGCGUGAGCAACACGUCAUCGAAUCCGUGCGCUCCAAGAGGCAACAACUGAUCCUCGCCACUCAACUGGUCAAGAUGAUCCUGAAGAUUGACGACGUCCGGUCCAUGGGCGACCAGGGAUCCCAAGGAUAUUAAUUAAUUUAUUAUUAAUUUUAGAUUCACAUUUAUUUUCUCGUCUCCUCUCACCAUUACGCGCUUAUUAAUCGUAUUAAUAAUACACGAAAAAAAAAAUAAAAAAAAAACACAAAUACAAAAUACGAGUCUUCAACAUUUCAUGUAAUAAUUUUG